AUGAUUGUGGGACGGAAGGAUGGGGGCGAGUUGAGACCCAGCGCACUGGAGGAGUGCUGUCGGUGUCAGAGCAAGCGAGGAGAGACGGGGCCCCCGCCUUUUCUGGUGACGGCUGCAGAGACGGGCUCGGUGUGGGGAUCGCUCUGCCCCGUGAACUGCCGCCCGCGUCUCGCUAAGGAUUCUCUGGUGACUGUUUCAGUGGCCGCUCAUGACUUGUGA